AAAUUACAAUUCAUAACUGUGUUAAUUUUGUUUUAAAUGAGCUAAUUCUUGAUUUCCUUGUUUGUCUUCUUAAUAUUGGUUUGCUUUUGACGGGGCAUGCUGUUAAAGAUGUUCAACUUAUGCAAAUCAUGAAACUUAUUGUUAUGCAAUUAACAAUUUGAAGCAUAACUGUAUUACCUGAGAUUUUGCAGCCUGAGUAAAUGCAUUUGUUUGACACUUGGUUACAGUUGAGAAAGAGUAUUCAGGUUCAGAAUUUCUUUACGCCAGCUGAAUCACAGGCUUUUGUCAAAGCUGCAGAGUCGCUUGGGUUUGUUCACCAAGGAAGUCUUGGUCCUGCAUAUGGCGAAGCAUAUAGAGACAAUGAUCGUGUAUCCAUGAAUGAUCCUGAUCUUGCAGAUGCAAUGUGGAGAGCUGGACUGAACAAAUUAUUUUCCGAUAUCAAAAUUCGAGGCAAAGUUGCUGUUGGGUUGAACCCAAAUAUUAGGUUUUACAGGUACAAGGCCGGUCAGAGAUUUGGACGGCAUAUUGAUGAAAGUGUUGACAUUGGAGAAGGGAAGCGCACACACUACACUUUGUUAAUAUACUUAAGCGGUGGUUCCAAAUCUAAAACUAAGGUUGAUAAAGACUCUCAGGGUUCUUUGUCUGAGACCCUUGUUGGAGGCGAGACUGUCUUUUAUGGUCCAAGAAAUGCUUUGGUUGCUGAGGUACCUCCAACUGAAGGAAUGGCUCUUCUCCACAUUCACGGGGAUAAAUGUAUGUUGCAUGAAGCUCGGAAUGUCACUAAGGGUAUCAAAUAUGUACUGCGAUCUGAUGUUGUAUUUGCUUGAACAAAUGCCUAACCUAGAUGACUCAUCUAUGUUUUCUAAACCUUCCCUUGAGUUUAAUGUGCACAAAAUCUUUCUUGAGUUGUAAUUCACCUACUUCUAUUAGUAACCUCAUUCUUAAGUAAAACUACUGCUGUAUUCUGCCAUAAAUCUUGUUGCUUCUCGCAUCACCCUGUAAAGAAUUUAAGUUAUACUGGUGUAUCACACUGGAAAAAAGACUUGGUUUAAAUGCUUAAUUUUUCACGUGUA